AUGGACAUACAGGGAUGGCUCCAGGAUACGGCAGAUAGGGCACCUCCUGACGAAGGAGACGACCAGCGCGUCCCGGACGAAGCGCGACAAGAUCAGGCUUUGGAGACUUCCAGGCGCCACUACCGCCGCAAAAGGCAAAGAGCUUCCAGCGACAGCUCACUCAUUGCACCACGGCACCCCAGGCAUCGGCAAGUGCCUGUAGCCUUGCCCGCCCCAUCUCCCGAUCGCGCGCCUCUUGCAGAUGAUGCUGCAUCCGAUUCCCAGUCACGCAGCUCGCGGAGGUUAGGAGGUCUUCUACCUGGGCGCGAUAAGGACCCUCUACUGCAGUAUGAGAGGCGCCCAAGGCACAAGACGAAGGCAGAUCGCUACGAGCCCAAACGCAGGAAACACAAGAGCGAUCGAGACGUGCAGCAUGACAGCAAGACUCGGCGGCGCAAGUCCAAUCUCACGCAUGAUGGAAGUCACACAACAGGCCUCGUGCAGAGUUUCCACCUGAAGAACGGGCCCAAUAACAAUCGCCUUACUUUGAAGCCUGACCACAACGCUGGGCUGUUCAAGCAUGGCCGAGCAUCUGCGCAGAUGCAAGGCAGGGGGACAGGAUUGCCAGACCUAGUGUUCAAUGAGAUGAAGUUUCUGGAGAAGCCAAGCGAGCAUCAAGAUCAGUUGCCUGCGGCAGCACCGCCCCAGCAGUCCAAGAAAGAGGAUCGGAAGAGAGCAAAGAACGACGAAAUUUCAGCCUAUUUCUCUGCGCCUAGGGGUGGCAAUCAUGAGGGCAUCCACGUCGGCAAUGGCACUGGCAACGAACAGAGGAGGCGCGCAUCCGCCCCAGACCACGGCCCUGAUCAAAGCGAUGCAGCUCGCCGCGAGGCACGACCGCGUCCCUCCAGCAUCGUUGAUCUUCCUGAGAAGCCUUUCCUAGGUUUUGGUAGCAGAGCUACCCAGCUGGGGAGCAAAGAGUUGCGUUUGGACAUGACAACAUGCCUCUCGUGGUCAGAAUCACCACCUCGCCCAGCGCGAUUAGAACAAGCAAAUACAGCGCGCUGUCCUGAAGAACGACUCCAGACCGUCGGGAAUACCUCUGCGCGACACCACUCGUCAGCUGCGCGUCCAUCAGUUGAGCAACGCGCCCUUGAGGGCCACUUGAGAGACGGGUCUGAUCACGCUCAGAGUGCCCGAAAACGCAGUCGGCAGAACACAGAGGCCCAAUGGCAGCAGUCGCAACGCACAGGGGGCGAGGCUAGAGUAGAAGUCCUUCGACCGCCAACGCCACGCAAGCGCGGUCAGCCACCUGCCGAGACUUCACCAACUAGGACGACAUUGCAGUCCCCCCCUCAUGGACCGCCUGUUCAACAAGAAAUCAGGCAGGAUGCACGGAGCUGGGAGAACCCAAGCGGGUACCACACAUCCGACAUCCUCAAGAUCAACGAAGACGUUCGGCAGCCUGUUCGCUCUAGCGGACCCGAUCAGAAGCGCAAGGACAGUCACCGGCACAGCAAUAAGGAGAACCAUGACCCUGGCACCCAUGAUGACCCGGACUCCUCCUUUUCGAUUGAUCAAGCACUGCAACACGUUCGAGAAGCUAUAUCGAUGCCGCCGGUGGAACCGCCGCCUCCUCAAAUAGCUCCCGAGGUCCAUUCUGUUCGUCCAGUACACAACAGCCAUAUCGAGGGACCGAGAAAUGCACAUGGACUGCAACAAAGAGCAGCCCCGGACGCAACUCGGCCAGCUUCGUAUCUAUCACAAGACGGCUACAUGCCACGACGAUCUUCCCUGCCGCGGCAGCGUUUUGAACAGUCGCCGGCCCUUUCUUCGAGCAAGGAGGCAGCGACCACACUUCACCGAAGAGCCACCCAGCCGUACGUUACGCAAGACAGGACUGUUCGCCAGCCUUCACGAUCACUCCAAGACGAAGAAAUGCUCGACAACGAUCUCUGUUAUGCUCCAUCAUCGAUAAUAAGGCCCCUGGUCUAUGCUACAGAGCGACAGGUCCAUAAUCUGGCACGUAUGCCGACACCAAAUCUCGUCUCAAGUCUGUUUGAAACGCAGGCGGGAAGGGAGGAGUGGGAGCCGGAGGUGGCAACCACGCAUUGGUUGACGUCAGAGCACGAUUGGAGCGAACAGUUGAACCCACACGCACCGUUCAGCAGACAUGAUCUGCUUGGUGGGAGCAUGACGGAGAAGCCACAGGCUUUGGUGAACGAUGGGAUCACUGGGUUUUGGAAGCCGAACAAGCUGUACUGA